AUGGGAGUUUUAGAGGUAGGCGAUGAGCAAUCUGAUGAAGGAAUCAUCACUGCACUUAUUGAGAGAUGGCGUCCAGAAACGCAUAUUAUUCAUAUGCGCACUGGAGAAUUUACCAUCACAUUGCAGGAUAUUGAGGUCUUAUGUGACAUUCCCAUAGAUAGUGAUCCAUUGGUGCAGGCUGGUGUUAGACAAAUAAGUAAAUCAAGGUGGCGAGAGUUGAUGUUCGAGCUUACUGGUUGGUUGUCUGAAGAAGGAUCAAUUAAAGGUAAUAGCUUGUUGAGAAUAAAAGCAUUAUCUAAGCAUGUGGAAAUCUUGGAUGAUAUUGAUGACGACACCGACGAGAUUGUGGUGCAACAGAGGGUUAGGUUGUACCUGCAUUGGCUGUUUGGUGGCACGAUAUUUCCUGAUAAUACUGGUGCAUUGCUUAGUUUAGACUUUUUGCUUGACAUAAGGGACCUUGAUGCAAUGGGCAGGAAAGCUUGGGGAGCAGCGGCAUUAUCAUACUUGUACAAUUCUCUAUGUCAUGCUUCGAUGUGGAAUAGCCGUGAAUUUCAUUAUUAUGUUGUUCCAUUUUCAUUAACCGUCUUAUUUAAUUGGAAAAAUAUUUCUAUAAUUUAA